AUGCGCCUUUGAAUUGCCCAGCCCUGUGCACUAAAUUCUAAUGUUGAAAAGUUGUUGAAGAGGUUGAAUAUUAAGAUUAUACGUUCUCUUAGGGAAUUUAUUUAGUUCUUCUGUUGAAAACCAAGUCUGUAAAAACAGGCGUCAUAGUAUUUUUUGGAAUUUAAUAUUUCGUAGGAUUGAGACUACGGGAGAUAGUGUACCAUGGCCGAGGAGGACCUUUUAUUCGACGAUGUUUAUGAACUAUGCGAAGUCAUUGGAAAAGGUCCUUUCAGCGAGGUGAGGCGAUGUAUCCACCGUGAGACUAGCCAGCAGUUUGCUGUCAAAAUUGUGGAUGUUGCUAAAUUCACUGCCAGUCCUGGAUUGAGCACAGAAGAUUUGAAACGAGAAGCAAGUAUCUGUCAUAUGUUAAAGCAUGCUCACAUCGUUGAACUACUGGAAACUUACAGCUCAGAUGGAAUGCUGUACAUGGUCUUUGAAUAUAUGGAUGGUGCAGAUCUAUGCUUUGAAAUUGUAAAAAGAGCCAAUUCAGGAUUUGUCUACAGUGAGGCAGUUUCCAGCCACUAUCUUCGUCAAAUUUUGGAAGCUCUGAAAUAUUGUCAUGAGAAUGAUAUAAUACAUAGAGAUAUAAAGCCACAUUGUGUUUUGUUAGCUACAAAGGAGAAUUCUGCGCCAGUAAAACUAGGAGGCUUUGGUAUUGCAAUUCAGCUUCCUGAGUCUGGUUUAAUAGCUGGAGGUCGUAUUGGAACGCCGCAUUUCAUGGCCCCGGAAGUGGUGAAGCGCCAGCCAUAUGGGAAACCGGUGGAUAUCUGGGGCUGCGGUGUGAUGAUGUACAUUCUUCUGAGUGGUAGUCUGCCAUUUUUUGGUACAAAAGAAAGACUCUUUGAUAUGAUCAUCAAAGGACGGUACAAUAUGAAACCAAGGCAGUGGGAAAACAUCUCAGACAGUGCCAAAGACUUGCUUACCAAGAUGCUGCAAAUCGACCCAAACCAACGUAUCACAGUGGAACAGGUCCUUGAUCACCCCUGGUUGAGGGAACGCGACAGAACUGCUCCUAAGAUUCAUCUGCAUGAGACUGUUGAGGAACUUAAGAAAUUCAAUGCCAGGAGGAAGCUUAAGGGAGCUGUGCUAGCGGCUGUCACAAGCAGCAAAUUUACAAGUUUCUAUAGUGACCCAAAUACAAAGCAUUUAACUGACUUCAGUCAUGAUGAUCCAACCUCCUCCGGUAAGUUGAAACUUCAGUCAUGA